AUGUUUAUUUUGUAGGAGGACGUCCCGGGGAUUGUGUCAGCAGGACAGUGACAUUGUUACAGAGACGGGACUUGUGCUGUUCGUUUCUGUCAGCGGUUUGCAGUUGUUUGUCUGUCCCUGAGUUGUGCGCGUGCGUAGUGAGGCAGCUGGUGCAGUUUGUUGUCUCCUGUCAGUAGCGGAAGAUUCAAGCCCCACGUUUAAAAAUGACAACGUCUUGGAGUGAUCGCCUCCAAAAUGCUGCUGACCUCCCAGCCAAUAUGGAUGGAUAUGCCUUAAAGAAGUAUCGACGUGAAGCUUAUCACAGGGUCUUUGUGAACAGAAGUCUUGCCAUGGAAAAGAUCAAGUGCUUUGGAUUCGAUAUGGAUUAUACACUCGCUGUAUACAAGUCUCCAGAGUACGAAUCCCUUGGCUUUGAUCUCACCGUUGAAAGGCUUGUAUCCAUUGGUUACCCUCAAGAGCUUCUAAAUUUUGUCUAUGAUCCCACAUUUCCUACCAGGGGUCUUGUUUUUGAUUCAACCUAUGGGAAUAUGUUAAAGGUUGAUGCCUAUGGGAAUAUCCUUGUCUGUGUGCAUGGCUUUAACUUCAUGAGAGGGCCGGAAAUAAGGGAGCAGUACCCGAAUAAAUUCAUCCAGAGAGAUGACACAGACAGAUUCUACAUCCUCAACACACUCUUUAACUUGCCAGAAACCUACCUUCUGGCUUGCCUGGUGGAUUUCUUUACAAAUUGUGACAGGUACUCAAGCUGUGAAAUGGGGUUUAAAGAUGGAGACCUCUUCAUGUCCUUUCGAAGCAUGUUCCAGGAUGUCAGAGAUGCUGUUGACUGGGUCCAUUAUAAGGGAUCCCUCAAGGAAAAGACAGUAGAGAAUUUUCCGAAGUAUGUUGUUAAAGAUCCCAAGUUGCCGUUACUGUUGAGCCGCAUGAAUGAGGUUGGGAAAGUGUUCUUAGUCACUAACAGUGAUUAUAAAUAUACCCACAAAAUCAUGACUUACUUGUUUGACUUACCACAUGGACCAAAGAAAGAAAAUUCACAGAUGCUGGCUGGGAGAAGAGGCUGUGUAAAGCCUGAAAGCUCUCACAGAGAUUGGCAGACCUAUUUUGACCUUAUAUUAGUUGAUGCUCGAAAGCCCUUGUUCUUUGGAGAAGGAACAGUGUUACGACAAGUGGACACGAAUACUGGCAAACUGAAAAUCGGAACCUACACUGGCCCUUUACAACAUGGAAUUGUAUACUCAGGAGGUUCCUCGGAUAUAGUGUGUGACCUGCUGGGGGCAAAAGGAAAAGAUAUCCUGUAUAUCGGCGAUCACAUCUUCGGGGAUAUUCUUAAAUCUAAGAAGCGACAAGGAUGGAGAACAUUCCUGGUCAUUCCCGAGCUGGCACAAGAACUUCACGUCUGGACUGAUAAAAGCUCCCUUUUUGAAGAGCUCCAGAGCCUGGAUAUAUUCUUAGCUGAGCUGUACAAGCACUUGGACAGUAGCAGCAAUGAGCGGCCUGAUAUCAGCUCCAUCCAGAGGCGUAUUAAGAAAGUCACACACGACAUGGACAUGUGCUACGGGAUGAUGGGGAGCCUGUUCCGCAGUGGUUCCCGCCAGACUCUCUUUGCAAGUCAGGUGAUGCGUUAUGCUGAUCUCUAUGCUGCGUCUUUCAUCAAUCUCCUGUAUUACCCAUUCAGUUACCUCUUCAGAGCUGCACAUGUCCUGAUGCCCCAUGAAUCCACCGUGGAACACACUCACGUGGACAUUCAUGAAUUAGAAUCCCCAAUGGCCACUCGCAAUAGGUGCUCUCUGGAGUUCAAGGAUUCCGACUUCAAACGGCACCAGCUGACCCGCUCCAUCAGUGAGAUUAAACCACCCAACCUCUUCCCACAGAAACCCCGGGAAAUAACACACUGCCACGAUGAAGAUGAUGAUGAAGAGGAGGAGGAAGAAGAAGAAGAGGAGGAGGAAGAAUAAAAGGAGUGGAGUAUCCACACAGGAUAUUUCUUACAGAACCAGCAGAUAUGUACUGAAUGUGUUUUACCCACAUGUCUCAUGCGGUUCUGUUUUCUAUUCCUGUCCGCGGGUUCAGAGACAUUUGCACGUGGUUAUUGCAUCCCGUGCAUUAACAUAUCGGUUGCUCUCUGUUCUGAGAGACACAGCACAGUAUUCACUCUCUACUCUUCUCUUUCUCCUCUGGAACUGAUCCAAAUUUCUAACAACCCAAAGGGGUGGUUUUACCUUAGCAGCAGCCAUCAUCUUAUAUUCUUAGGGCCGAACCUAUAAAAAGGAGACCCCUGCCAAAGCAGCAACGGGGGUUCCAAAUCUGAAAGAUGUCCAAUCUCUUCCCAAUCUGCAGUUGGACUACAAAUCCCAGCAGCCAGUUACAGUGGAAGCUGCCAGUGCUAUAGGAUGGACAUCACUCACACAUAUAAUAAACAUAAUUCCUGCACAAAAUAAUAGGCCCAUUAUACUUUCAUCAACAUUUCUCCCCAUUCUGAGGCCAGGGUCGAUGACCUCUUUUUUUUUUCACCAGUGUUUUAUUUCUGCCUUUUAAAGAACCAGCAACCCUCUAUUGCAGAGCUGUCAUGUUACAAUCCAAAUUUGCUUGGAAAUGGGCAUAGAAAAUGCACAGCAAUAGGUGUGUUCAAAGGAGAAGGAAAGGUUAAAACUAAGUAAGCCUUAUCAGAAAGGUCUAUAUAGAUUCACCAGUAAACCCUCAGAGUAAUGUUAUUCUGAGUCCUC